CCUGCAGUAUUGACAAAGAAAAGAACGACAGAAAACAGGGUGGGCUCUGCAAAACAAUACCCCCACAAAUUGACGACAAUAAGUCUCACCACUGAGACUGUUGUUGUUUACCAGGGUGCAGCACUACGUUAUGCUGCUAAGGAGCUGAGGGUGCGUGGGAAGGGCCAUCUGCACGUGAGGGGAGGUUACAAACCUGCAGAGCUUCCAGGGAGAGGGCCCUGCCAGACACAUCUGCAGAGCUUCCAGAGAGAGGGCCCUGCCAGACACAUCUGCAGAGCUUCCAGAGAGAGGGCCCUGCCAGACACAUCUGCAGAGCUUCCAGAGAGAGGGCCCUGCCAGACACAUCUGCAGAGCUUCCAGAGAGAGGGCCCUGCCAGACACACCUGCAGAGCUUCCAGAGAGAGGGCCCUGCCAGACACAUAGGACGAGAGAAAAGGACUGGGGAGUGAGCUCAGCUGGAGCCAAUGCAGCAGCAGAGUGGACAGCCUGAGCUAGUGGAAGGAAGCCUUCCCGUGUUCGUGUUCCCCACAGAGCUUGUCUUCUACGCGGACGAGCAGACCUCCCACAAGCAGGUUCUCACCCUCUACAACCCCUAUGAGUUCGCCCUCAAGUUCAAAGUGCUAUGCACAGCGCCCAACAAGUAUACCGUGGUGGAUGCCACCGGAGCCGUCAAACCACAGUGCUGUGUUGACAUAGUGAUUCGACACAAAGAUGUGCGGGCAUGUCACUAUGGGGUGUCUGAUAAGUUCCGGCUGCAGGUGUCUGAGCAGAGCCAGAGGAAGGCCCUGGGCCGGAAGGAAGUGACGGCCACUCUGAGGCCCUCGGCUGCCCAGGAGCCCCCCAGCCCCCGGCCCCAGGAGGAAGAGCGACAGAUGAGGGAACAGCUAGCAGACAGCGUCUUCUUUGAGCAGACCACCUUCCAGACAGAGAGCCGCUCUCAGUCUGGGGGCCCAAGCCUGCUGACGGUGCUGUUGGGGUUGGUGUGUAUGGCUGCCCUCAUGCUGCCCACACUGGGGGAGCAAGAAUCCACCGUGCCUGUCUACCUCCACUUAAGUGUUACCAAGAAACUUGUAGCUGCUUACGUUCUAGGUCUUCUUACAAUGGUUAUCCUGCGUACAUGAAGUGCUAUGGGGGCUGGAAAGAGAGAACGAGGAGAAGAGGAUACAAAAGAGAAGAGAACAUUCACUCACCCAAGGCAACUACAUGCUUGAAAGGGUAGUGUUGAGGGGGAGGGGGUAUCCGGUCAAUUCCCCCUUCCUCUGUCCCAAAAACAUACAUUUAAUUGUUUUGAAAUAAAAACAUAAUACUGACUGAUGCAGCGGGCACAGAAAUAACAUUGUGGAUGGAGGGCAUUGUGUGGGUCUGCAGCCGUGGGAGGAAGCGUUUGUAUAAAAACAUGGGGGUCAUUAAAUUGUGUUUGACUUCA